AUGGAUUCAGCGCCAACGGAGUUUUUGAAAGCCAACGCGAUUCUGGCGCAGGUUUUCGGCCAUACACUCACCCAUCUCAUAGAGCUCGUACGGCAAAUUAUGAUGGGCGUAUUCAAGUCGAUUGCUGCGGGGCUCGAGCAGACGCUGGGGCGUAUAAACCAACAGCGGUACGGCGGCCAGCUGGGACUCGAGCUCAAACAGGGCUUGCAAGAAUACAAAUCGACGUACGCGAAGGCAAUUGUGCGAGUCAUUGACCGUAUUGAGGCGUAUGCCACGCGCAAUGUGUUCAAGCUGGACGAAUCGCUCGUGGACGAGGGGUAUUUUCGUCUCGAGCCGUUUUCGCAGAUCGAUUACUCGCGAUCAGGACGUCAAUUGGACGCCGAAAUUACCGAAUCCGAGCAGUCGCUGGCCGACGAGAUUGCUGCUCUGCAACAGACACGCCUCCUGAAUGCGCAAAUAGACCGCUGUCUCUCCUCUGCGGAUCGCCUAGCCAACGCUCAGCCAGAAGCUGUGCCGGACGUUUCUGAGCUCGAGCCUUUAGCUCAACAGCUUCGGAACCUCACACACAGCCUGAAAACCGCACCGCCUCCAGCCCACUCGGUAGACCAAGAGUUUUUGCAAAGUAUCCUAUGGGCAUCUUAA